CUGUAAGCAGGUGAAGGAUGGACUGACAGAGCCCCAGCAGUUUCUUCUCCACCCAGGGCCGAGGGGCUCAGCCUGCAGGGAAGGAGCCAUUUUUGGACACAAACAUCCCUCUGGCUGCGGCGAGGGGAGAGGAGCUGCCGCAGAUCGAACCCGCUCCUGGAGGGGAAAAUCCCGCUUCGGUUUGGUGUCUAAUUAGAUAUUUACCAGGAAGGAAGGAAAGAUAUAAAUAGGGUGACAGUGACUUCAAAGGGUGUUUUUUUGACUUCUAAGAAUAACACCUUUGCUGGCGCCGAUUUCGGGAAUAUCGGCUGUGCCUGGGUGUGAAAGACGGAGGAGGUGUCGCAGCUCGGUCGGCAGCCAAGGGAGCAAACCCAGACCCCAGCCCCCGUCCGGCCCCACGGGACCAGCUGAGGAAGGGACAGAGCCCGUGGGAAGCUCAGCUGCAUCCACAGGGACACAGCAGGGGCAGUUUGGGGGAGACCGCCGGUGCUGCAACGUGUGGCACCAUGGGGACCCCACCCCUGUCCCCAUGGGCAGUGCUGGUGCUCACCCUGGUGCUGCUGGGACUCUGGGCUCCCUGCGUGGUGAGCAGGCGGCCCAACUUCAUCGUCAUCCUGGCCGAUGAUGUGGGCUGGGGGGAUCUGGGCGCCAACUGGGCAGAGACGAAGGAGACCCCGCGUUUGGAUCAGUUGGCUGCCGAAGGAACAAGGUUCGUGGAUUUCCACUCAGCUGCCUCCACGUGCUCCCCGUCCCGCGCCUCGCUGCUCACGGGGCGCCUGGGGGUGCGCAACGGGGUCACCCACAACUUCGCCAUCUCCUCGCUCGGGGGCCUCCCCCUCAACGAGACCACCCUGGCCGAGGUCCUGCGGGAGGCUGGCUACAGCACGGGGGCUAUAGGCAAGUGGCACCUGGGACACCACGGCCGCCAUCACCCCAACUCCCGCGGCUUUGACUACUACUUUGGGAUCCCCUACAGCCAUGACAUGGGCUGCACGGACAGCCCUGGCUACAACGUGCCGCCCUGCCCGCCCUGCCCGCGGCACAGCACCGCUGCCAGGGUGGCGAGGAAGGACUGUUACACAGAGGUUGCCCUGCCUCUCUUCGAGAACGUCACCAUCGUCCAGCAGCCCGUGGAGCUGGGCAGCCUGGCCAGGCGCUACGCGGAGGAGGCAGAGCGCUUCAUCCAGAGGGCCAGUGACAGCGGACGUCCCUUCUUCCUCUACCUGGCCCUGGCCCACAUGCACGUCCCGCUGGCCCCCCCGCUGCCCCCUGCUCCGGGCAGGGGCAUCUACGGAGCCUCCCUGGGCGAGAUGGAUGCGCUGGUGGGACAGAUAAAGGAGGUCGCUGACAGCCUCGGCAGGGGCAGCACGCUCCUGUGGUUCACAGGUGACAAUGGCCCCUGGGCACAGAAGUGUGAGCUGGCAGGACGCCUAGGGCCAUUCGUGGGUGCCUGGCAGAGGCAGCGAGGUGGGAGCUCAGCGAAGCAAACAACCUGGGAAGGAGGGCACAGGGUGCCAGCCCUGGUGUACUGGCCUGGCCGUGUCCCUGCCAGGAGGACGAGCCACGCUCUCCUCAGCAUCCUGGACAUCUUCCCCACGCUGGUGGCCCUGGCUGGGGCAGCACUGCCCCCAAACAGGCGCUUUGAUGGCUUGGAUGUGUCCCCAGUUCUCUUUGGCUGGUCGGAUGUGGGGCACAAGGUUCUGCUGCACCCCAACAGCGGCGCUGCGGGGAAGGCGGGCGAGAUCGAGGCGCUGCGGCUGGCUCAGUACAAGGCGUUCUACACCACAGGAGGGGCCAUGGCCUGUGAUGGCAGCACCGGGCCGGCGCAGCAGCACCAACCACCCCUCAUUUUCAACCUGGACCGCGACAUCCAGGAGCAGGAGCCUCUGGACGUGGCAUCCAGGGAGUACCAGGCAGUGCUGCCUGCCAUCAGCAGGGCUUAUGCCCAAGCUCUGCAGGACAUUGCAGCAGACAAUAUCUCGGUUGCAGAUUAUUCCCAGGAUCCAGCUGCAAUUCCCUGCUGCAACGUGCAGCACGUGGGCUGUCGGUGCCACGGGGCCUCGGAUCCCCACGGGGAGAGGAGAAAACCACGGCUCUGCCUUUAAGCAAAUAAUUGCUCAGGCUGCUCCUUUCCCACGGGUGGUGUCUGUGAAUUCCAGGCUGGAGGUGGCCAUGGAGAGGGAUGGAGGCUCUGGUUCCCUUUGCUCCGUGCUGGGAAGAGGGAGCUGAGUUGGGUGUGGGCCUGGGGGAGCUCACAGAGGGUCCCCUUUGGACGUUGGGCAUGUGGAAGGCUUUUUGUAGGGCUCUUUAUCUGGGAAAGCUCUUGCAUUAAAACUACCUUCUGUGAGAGCUGGCUUUGGGAGAGGAUUCCUUUGGGAAAUUUGCUUGGUUUUCCUCUAAACAGAAACCUUACAGGAGCAGCUGUGGGAGCACAAGGCAAGGGAGGAUGGGGCUCACAGCCUCUGGGCAAUCAGCCCUUCUGCUGCAGAGACCCUGGAAGUUUGGUGGCUGCAGAGAGAAAAUUCCUACCUGGCACCAGGGGAGUGCUCUGGGAAUGGAGCACCUGCCCCACACCUGCCUGCUGAGGUUCAUUAGAGGGGUCAUGGCAAGACCCAGCUGGCUGUGGAAGGAAGGAAGGGGGUCCUGGGCUGUCCCUGAGGGCUGCCAUCCACAUGGGAAGGAUGCUCAGCUUGUCCUGCCAUGGUGGAGCUCAGGACUGCACUGUGAUAUGCCAGGGUUUGGGGGAGGCUGUUCCCUGAAGGUGGCAGGGAGACAACUGGGGCUGCUCCCCAUCAGCUCUCAGCAAGGAGGAAGUGCAGCUGUGGGGUUUUGGGAGGUCAGGGAGAGGUCCCUGCCCUGGGGUCUCCCAGCAGAUCAGGGCUCCAGGCAGAGGAGCUGCUGCUGCUGCUGAUCCCUGGGCAGGCACAGAUGGAGCGAAACAGCUCCUGUGGGGCCAUUUCUGGGCAGGUGCAGAGGCCUGGGGAGCUGCAAAGGCAGAAAUGAAGGUGCAACUGAAACCUGAGAAACCUCUGGGAUUUCUCAGCAGCUGAGUGAGGGCUCUGAAACCAUUCUGGAUUCUGAUUUACACACCCAAAUCUUUCUUUGGCCGUAAGAGGACUUGUGUGGACUCACCCAGGUGUGCUGCCCUCACCCCAGCCCCAAAACCCCUCCCACUCCCCAAACUUAAUCCAGACCUUUAGGGCCCCAAAAAGAACAGCAGGAGCUGCC